UCCGGUGGGGACAUUUUGAGGAACGGAUCCAUUUCCGUUCAACCAGCAAUAAAGAAAGCACUCGGCGGCGCCAAGCUUUUGGCUUCGCGGGUCAAUUUUUUUUGAAAGUCUUUUGGCAGAAUCCGAUCUUAAUCGGAGCCAUCCCAACAGCAAUCAUGACGGUCGGAAAGAGCAGUAAGAUGCUGCAGCACAUCGACUACAGGAUGCGCUGUAUAUUGCAGGACGGCCGAAUUUUCAUCGGGACCUUUAAAGCCUUCGACAAACAUAUGAACCUCAUUUUGUGUGACUGCGACGAGUUCAGAAAGAUCAAGCCCAAAAAUUCCAAGCAGCCAGAGAGGGAGGAGAAGCGAGUACUGGGUUUGGUGUUGCUCAGAGGAGAGAAUCUGGUAUCGAUGACUGUCGAAGGACCACCUCCCAAAGAUACUGGCAUUGCCAGGGUGCCCCUGGCUGGUGUGGCAGGAGGCCCAGGUGUGGGCAGAGCAGCAGGCAGAGGUGUACCAGCUGGAGCUCCAAUGGCCCAGGCUCCUGCUGGACUUGCUGGACCGGUGAGAGGAGUUGGUGGCCCAUCACAACAGGUGAUGACCCCUCAGGGCAGAGGCACAGUGGCUGCAGCAGCAGCUGGUGCCAGCAUCGCUGGCGCACCCACACAGUAUCCACCUGGCCGAGGUGGCCCUCCUCCUCCCAUGGCCAGAGGUGCACCACCUCCAGGCAUGAUGGGUCCUCCACCAGGCAUGAGGCCACCUAUGGGCCCCCCAAUGGGCAUACCACCAGGCCGUGGUGCCCCAAUGGGCAUGCCCCCUCCAGGAAUGAGACCACCACCACCCGGAAUGAGAGGGCCUCCUCCUCCAGGCAUGCGUCCGCCAAGACCUUGAUUUGCCACAUUGGAAGAGAAUGUUAUAUGAGCCUGUUCUGUUCUGCCAGCUCUGGGUUGUUGUAUAGUUUCAAAUGGUUUUGCUUUUUUGUAUUUUUCUUUAUUUUAAAAUAAAGUGUCUAUUUGA